UAUAGGACACACAUAGGAGGAGCACACAUAUAUACACCACACACACACACAUACACACACACACACACAUGCAGACACAUAUCUAGCAGUAGCACGGAACACAGGCCGGAGUGUGUACAUGUACAUACGUCUUUUACAACUUAAUUAAGGAGUAAAUCACCCAAAAUGGAGUGGGAGUUAUGUAUUUAAAGCGCAGAGGACUUGAAAUGGGCGGUCUGCUGGUGCUGUUGCUGCUUUGGAAUUGCCUGCUGUCGGCGGUUGACGGCUCACCGCUCCUCCUGUUUGCCAACCGGCGAGAUGUCAGACUGGUGGAUGCUGAUGGAGUACGGGGCGAGUCGCCCAUCGUCGUCAGCGACCUGGAGGACGCGGCAGCAGUGGACUUCCUGUACUCCGAAGGCCUGAUAUUUUGGACAGAUGUCAGCGAGGAGGCCAUCAAACAGACGCGCUGGAAUCAGUCAUCCAACUCCCUUAAAGAGGCACUGGGAACGGGGCAGACUGUGGUCGUAUCGGGGCUAGACAGUCCUGACGGUCUGGCCUGCGACUGGUUGGGAAGGAAACUCUAUUGGACCGACUCUGAGACCAAUCGGAUUGAAGUGGCCAACCUGGACGGCACCUCCAGGAAAGUUCUGUUUUGGAUGGACUUGGACCAGCCCAGAGCUAUCGCACUCAACCCCGCUCAACGCUACAUGUACUGGACGGACUGGGGGGAGGAACCUCGGAUAGAACGUGCUGGCAUGGACGGCAGCAACAGGAAAGUGAUAGUGAAUGUGGACAUAUACUGGCCCAAUGGUCUGACUAUUGACCUGGUGGAGCAGAAGUUGUACUGGGCAGAUGCUAAGCUCAGCUUUAUUCACAGAGCUAACCUGGAUGGAUCUGCACGUGAAACAGUGGUGGAGGGCACGUUGACCCAUCCCUUUGCACUAACACUAUCUGAGGAGACCUUAUACUGGACCGACUGGCAGACCCGCUCCAUCCACGCCUGUAACAAAAACAGCGGCGACAAAACCAGAGAGAUCCUCAGUGGGAUCUACUCUCCUAUGGACAUUCAGGUCCUGGAGCCAUAUCGACAACCUUACAUCCAGACUCCAUGUAGUGAGGAUAACGGAGGCUGUAGUCAUCUCUGCCUGCUCUCUCCAGUCAAGCCUUUCUACAGCUGUGCCUGCCCCACUGGAGUCCAGCUGAAACCAGACAAGAAGACAUGCAAACCAGGAGCAGAGCAGGUGUUGCUACUGGCUCGACGGACUGACCUGAGGAGAAUCUCUCUGGACCUGCCAGACUUCACCGACAUAGUCCUGCAGGUGGAUGACAUCCGCCAUGCCAUAGCUAUAGACUACGAUCCGGUUGAGGGUUACGUCUACUGGACAGAUGAUGAAGUGCGGGCCAUUCGGCGAUCCCACAUCGAUGGCAGCAAUGCCAUGGUGCUGGUUACCACGGAGAUCAACCACCCAGAUGGCAUUGCUGUUGACUGGGUGGCCAGAAACCUGUACUGGACUGACACCGGCACUGACAGGAUAGAGGUCACCAGGCUGAAUGGAACCUCUCGGAAAAUUUUGAUUUCUGAGAACCUGGAUGAACCCAGAGCCAUCGUCCUGGACCCUGUUAAUGGCUACAUGUACUGGACAGACUGGGGGGAGCAUCCCAAGAUCGAGCGGGCCAACCUGGAUGGAACGGAGCGGUUUGUCCUGCUCAACAGCUCUCUGGGCUGGCCCAACGGAUUGGCCAUCGACCACGCUGCGGGAAAACUCUACUGGGGAGACGCCAAAACGGACAAGAUAGAGGUGAUCAACGUGGAUGGCAGUAACAGACAGACUCUGCUGGAGGACAAGCUGCCUCAUAUCUUUGGCUUCACUCUGCUGGGUGAUUACAUCUACUGGACGGACUGGCAGAGACGCAGCAUCGAGAGGGUCCACAAGUCCACGGCUGUACGAGAGAUCAUCAUCGAUCAGCUGCCGGAUUUAAUGGGGCUGAAAGCCACCAAAGUGACAGAGACUAAUGGUACGAACGACUGUGCGCUGGAUAACGGAGGAUGCAGCCAUCUGUGUUUCUGGCGUCGGCAGGCUGUCAGCUGUGCCUGUCCAAUGGGGAUGGAGCUGCUGUCUGACCUGCAGACCUGUGUGGUGCCUGAGGCCUUCCUGCUCUUCACCAACAGAGACAACAUCAGGAGCAUCUCUCUGGGUACCAACAGCAACGACGUUCCCAUCCCUCUGACUGGAGUCAAAGAGGCCUCGGCUCUGGACUUUGACGUUUCUGAAAGGAUGAUCUACUGGACUGACAUUCAGACCAAGACGAUCAGCAGAGCCUAUAUGAACGGCAGCUCUGUAGAGCACGUGAUCGAGUUCGGACUGGACUACCCAGAAGGCAUGGCGGUGGACUGGAUGGGGCGUAACAUAUACUGGGCCGACACGGGCACCAACCGCAUCGAGGUGGCCCGGCUGGACGGCCAGUACAGACAGGUCCUGGUCUCUAAGGAUCUGGAUAACCCACGAUCACUGGCACUGGACCCAGCCAACGGCUACAUGUACUGGACAGAGUGGGGGGGUCGACCACGUAUAGCCAGAGCUUAUAUGGACGGCAGCACCAUCGUGACCCUGGUGGAUAAAGUGGGCCGAGUCAACGGGCUGACCAUCGACUACGUGGACCAUCGACUCUACUGGACCGACCUGGACACCAACAUGAUCGAGAGCACCAACAUGCAAGGCCUUCAGAGGGAGAUCAUACUAGACGACCUCCCGCAUCCCUUCGGUCUGACUCAGUACCGUGACUUCAUCUACUGGACCGAUUUUAACCUGCACAGCAUCGAACGGGCCGACAAACGCAGCGGACUCAACCGCACCGUGGUGCUGCAGGGCCAGCUGGAGCUGAUGCUCGACAUCCUGGUGUUCCACUCUUCCCGCCAGGACGGCACCAACGAAUGCUCUCACAACAACGGUAACUGCGCCCACCUCUGCCUGGCUACACCUGCUGGAGCUCAGUGCCGCUGCGCCUCCCACUACACCCUGAACCCAGACGGACGAAACUGCAGCUCUCCCUCUAGUUUCCUGCUCUUCAGUCAGAAGGCGAGCAUCAGCAGGAUGGUUUUAGGAGAGCAGAGUCCCGACAUCAUCCUGCCCAUCCACGUCCUGAGGAACGUCCGAGCUGUCAGCUACGACCCUCUGGACCGGCUCGUCUACUGGCUGGACGGAAGACAAAACAUCCGCAGAGCCAGAGACGACGGCGCCAUGUCCACCAUGAUAGCGGGCGGCAGCAGUCUGCCGACGGAGAACCAGCUUCAUGACCUGAGCCUGGACCCCUACAGCCGCCACAUCUACUGGACCUGUGAGACCACUAACACCAUCAACGUCCAGAGGAUGGACGGACAGACUGUGGGUGUGGUCCUGAAGGACGACACCGACAAGCCACGGGCCAUCGUGGUCAACGCAGAGAAAGGGUAUAUGUAUUUCACCACAGUGCAGGAGCGCUCAGCUAAGAUAGAAGGAGCCAGUCUGGACGGGACAGAGAGAGAAUCUCUGUUCACCACUAGUCUCAUCAGACCUGUAGCUCUGGCUCUGGACAAUAAACUGGGAAAACUGUUCUGGGUGGACGCCGACCUCAAACGCAUCGAAAGCAGCGACCUGACAGGAGCCAAUCGCAUCGUCCUCCAGGACUCCAACAUCCUGCAGCCGAUGGGGCUGACAGUUCUGGGGGAUCACCUGUACUGGAUCGACCGGCAGCAGCAGAUGAUAGAGAGGGUGGACAAACUGACCGGAGACGGACGGACACGCAUACAGGGCCGCAUAUCAUACCUGACCUCCAUCCAUGCUGUGGAGGAGAUGGACCCUCAGGAGUUUGCAUCUCACCCCUGUUCACGUGACAACGGAGGGUGUUCUCACAUCUGCAUCACUAAGGGCGACGGCACACCUCGAUGCUCCUGUCCUAUGCACCUGGUGCUACUGCAGGACCUGCUGCACUGUGGAGAGCCUCCCACCUGCUCCACAGAGCAGUUCACCUGCUCCACAGGUGAGAUCGACUGCAUUCCCAUGGCGUGGCGUUGUGACGGCUUUCCAGAAUGUGACGACAGCAGCGAUGAGGAGAACUGCCCCGUCUGCUUGGCCUACCAGUUCCAGUGUGAUAAAGGAGGCUGCAUCGAUGCUCAGAGGCGCUGCAACGGAGAGCCUGACUGUGCCGAUCACUCUGAUGAGCAGGACUGUGAAAACAUCUGCCCUCCAAACCAGUUCCGCUGUGGUGACAACCAGUGUAUCACCAAGAAACAGCAGUGUGACAACUACUCUGACUGUCCUGAUGGAUCAGACGAGCUGGCCUGUGAGGUGUCUCCUCCCUCCAGUGGCAUCCCCAACACAGGACCCAACACCAUUGGUCCCGUCAUCGCCAUCAUCCUGCUGGUCUUUGUGAUCGGGGGCGCUUACUUCGUCUGCCAGCGUGUGGUGUGUCGACGCUACAAAGGCCCUAGCGGGACGUUUCCUCACGAGUACAUCAGCGGUACGCCUCACGUGCCUCUCACCUUCAUCGCCCCGAGCAGCUCCCAGCACGGCACCUUCCAGGGUAUCUCCUGUGGGAAGUCCAUGAUGAGUUCAGUUAGUCUGAUGGGCAGCAGCAGCAGUGGAGCUCCUCUCUAUGACAGGAACCAUGUGACCGGAGCCUCAUCCAGCAGUUCCUCGUCAACCAAGGGAGCCUUCUACCCUCAGAUCCUGAACCCUCCUCCGUCCCCGGCUACUGAUCGCUCCCUCUACAACACAGAGAUCUUCUACUCCUCUAACAGUCCAUCCACCACCAGAUCAUACAGGCCCUACCAUCCAGUCCGCGGUGCCGCCCCUCCCACCACGCCCUGCAGCACCGACGUGUGCGACAGCGACUACACCCCCCACCACCCGGCGGCCGGGCUGGCGUCGUCAGCCGGCCGCUGGAAGGCCGCGAGCCACGGCAGCCACGGCAAACACAACAAGUACUACAUGGACCUGAACUCAGACUCCGACCCCUACCCUCCGCCCCCCACGCCCCGCUCCCAGUACCUGUCGGCCGAGGAGAGCUGCCCCCCGUCCCCUUCCACCGAGCGCUCCUACUUCCACCUGUGCCCCCCUCCCCCGUCGCCCUGCACCGACUCCUCAUGACCCUCCAAAACGAGCCCAGGGAGCCCCCCCUGUGAGGAAGGAAGAGAACCACGAGAAAUCCCACCCCCACCCCCGCUCCGGUCUGGUCCCGCUUUACCGAGGAGAGAACUCAUCAUGUGACCGGCUCGCUCCUGCUGCUCCAGUGCUUCGCUUUAAGCUCCCACACUGGUCGUUUCAUCAUUCCAGUCGUCCUGAAGCUCUCAGGAUGACCUUCAACUGAUCCCAGUCAGCUCUGCUCUGCUCCUCUCUGUGUGUUCCUGCUCUCUCACUGCAGCUGUGACGCCCUCGCUGCCUCUCUGCCUCUCUGCAGGACACACAGACGAGAUGAUGAGACUACUGGAGCUUUUCCACUACACAGUUCUAGCACUACUCGACUCGACUCGACUCGACUCAACUCGCGUUUUUUUGCGUUUCCACUAGGGAUAGUACCUGGUACCUGGUACUUUUUUAGUACCUGCUCUGCCGAGGUUCCAAGCGAGCCGAGCCGAUACUAAAAUGUGACGUCAACAGACUGCCGGCCACUGAUUGGUCAGAUCAAACACCCCAUUUUUAAAUACCGGCUACAAUAGUUACGGCGAGUAUAGCUCCUAUACUCAAAACUACUACUCUCUUGCUUUGUGUGUGACAAAAAGCCACAAACUGAGCAUCACGUACACCACUGCCUCAAUGUCCUCCAUUGUUUAUGUUUAUGUGUUUGUGUCGUGUAUAAAACAAAGUCACGGCAGUUUUGUGCAGCCGUGCUACGACGACCCCCGCCCACGUUGAGUAGGUGCUAUAGUUAUGGAGAACAACGUUCCUGGUACCGAGUCGAGUCGAGCCCAGUAGUGCUAGAACUGUGUAAUGCAAAAGUGCCACAUAGCAACAAAAAAAGAAAAGAAAAAAAAAAAUAUUUCCAUUCCAUCAGUAAGAGAAAGCUUCCUCUGCUGGGGAACUUUUAUUUUAAUAUCAAGACUUCCAUCAGCGUAUAAAUAUGAGCUUGAACUCCUCACUCACUCUCAGCGCUCCUGCCUCCUGAAAAGCCUCUAAAUGCAGGAGUCCAUUUAUUAAGACUGAAUCCAAGGCAUGGACCACCACCUCAAUCUACUCCCCCCCCCCCACCCUCCAGCCUUGCAAUACUCAUCCCCUUCCUUCCUCACAGCGUCCGUGUUGGCAGACCAGCGGCAGGACUGUAUAUAGUGUUAAAAUAAUAUGAACAAAAAAUAAAAUCACAGAAGAAUUAUUUUACUAUUUUAUUCACGCUGGCUGAUCCACCGCUCCACAGAGACAAAGAAAAAAAAAAAAAAAAAAGGACAGAUAGAUGAGAGAAUGUAUGAGUGAGUGAGUGAGUGAUGGAUGGAUGAGUGUGUGAAUGAGUGGAUGUGAACAUUUGAUAAAAUUGUAGAUGAUGACUGAAUGAAUGUGUAGAAUUAUGAGUGUAUGGAUGGAUGGAUGGAUGGAUGGAUGGAUGGAUGGUUGAAUGGAUGGAUGGAUGGAUGGAUGGUUGGAUGGAUGGAUGGAUGGAUGGAUGGAUGGAUGGAUGGAUGGAGUAGGGCCAAGAUCAAAGUGUGAAAUCUUUUGUACAUUGUUUUGUUUUUUUUGAAAUUGUGUCCCUCACAUUUCAAAUUGGGAAUUCUUUCUAGUUGAACUCGGGGCCUUUUUGUUUCUUUUUUUUAAAACUGGGUGGACACAAAGACGCCUCCACCAGCUGUCCAUCUCUGUCCCUGUGAGCUCACCGCCUUGAGAACGACAAACCAAAAUGAAUAUCAUGGUGUAAAGCUAUUGUACAGAAGUGUAAUUGAAGUCAGUGAUCGAGUUGUGAGAAGUGAAGGCUUCUCGUUGUGAACCUGAACCUCUUCUUCCACCUUUUUUUUCUUUUUACUCUUGUCAUCCGUUUACCAAAAGUAUGUUUGCUGCUAUUGUGUACAUACUCUACCAGUUAUUAUGACUUAUAACGAACACCCCAAAAUCCACAAAUUUACCACUCUCAUACUGGCAGUAGAUCAUGAAGCUAUUUUACAGUUAAUAACAAAAUUAUUCUUAUAGCAACUUUUGUUUAUGUGUAUUUUCUGUUUGUGCGUAGAUCAUUUAUGUAUGUGUUUAAUGUCGGCCAGCCAUGUUUAGUUUGAAGGAGUCUUUUUUUUUUUUUUUGGGGGGAAAUAGACAAGUGAAAAGCUGAAAGAGUUCCAGCUGAGACAUUUUAACCACAAAUCUACUGAAGGCCUCAGCGUGCUUCAGAUGAAUCUCUCUCCAGCAGCUUCUGUUUCUUUACAUCAUAAAAGCGGCACAUUUUCCAACAGUCUCUGUAGCACUUGAAUGCGACACAUGUGUGAAAAGGGCCACAUGAAAAAAAAAAAAAGAAAGAAAGAAAGCUGGAGAGAGAAAUUCAAACACUACCUACUUUCACAGCUGGCCAAUCACAGCCUCUCAGACGCUGUUAGAUGUUUGGAUGGUUUGAAGCACACUGAGGCCUUUAGCAGAGCAGUGAACAUGACUAGUGAACCCUGCUGUCACUGCUGCAGGAACCUCACUACUGCAACACCAAAGUCUGUCCUGCCCUCUUAUUACCAUCUUUACAACAUGUCUGAACAUCUGCACAGAUGUGUCUAAGAUUUAAUACAGUGUAUGAAUCCUCGUGAUUACCUUCAGAUACAUUUAGAGGCAACUUCAUAUUUCCAAAGAGAUUCUAUAUAUUUGAUUUGAAAGAGCACCAUAACAUGCUGCCCUCAUAUAUUCAAACAAAUCCAUCCAAAUCCAGCAGCCUGUGUUUGUUACUGUGCCUGUGCUUCUAUGAAUGAUGGAUGGUCAUCAGAGACAGGAUGUGAAACCUGGAUUUCGAGCGUCUGAUAGCAGCCUGGAUGAAUGAAAUAGAUUUCUCCACAUCCACAACAGUUCAUUCUGUUUUUUUGAAUGUUAUGAACAUGAUGUUUUGUUUAAAUGUAUAGAGGAUACAUGUAUUUAAUUUUCACUUGAAACAGACAAAGACCUCCAAAGCUUAUUGACAGUGUAGUAAAAUGACAGUACCAAUAAGUGACAAAAAAGUAGAUUUAGUAUAUUUCAGCAUGAGGUAGUUUCAGGUUAGGUCUGCUCACAUAAAGAUUCCAUUAGAAAUUUCAGCUUUUUUCAGCUCUGCAUUCAGACCUUUUUAUCUUAUCUGGAGACAAACUGUUUUCAGUGUCAGUCGAGCACUUAAUAAAUGUGUAACAUUAUCAACAGAAGACACAUGCAACCAAAAAUGGGAGGACGUCUCAUGCACUUGGAAAACGAAUAUUCCCUAGGUCAAAAUAACCUGUUGCAAGAGCCAGUCUGUAGUCAGAAUACUUUAUGCCAGGAAAUAUUUGAGUGUUUUUGAAGAAAAAAGAAAAAUGUUUUAGUUUUCAGCCGGCUGUCGGGAUAAACCUGUUAUAAAUCUUCAUUUAGUUUUUCUCAACAACAGGUUGUUUUUUUUUCUUUCCCAGCAACUGAGAAGCAGUUGUUUCAGGGUCAGAGAGUUCUACUAAAGACGGUUAUGUCAUCCACUAGAACAAAAGAGAAGCUCUGUCCUCUAAGCUUCACUAUAUUACAGUAGUGCGUAGGCCCAAACACACUAAAGUGUACGUGCACUAUUAAAGGUGAGGAUCUAUUGGAACCUGCAGUAAACCAGCUGCUGUUGCCUGGUUCAUUCUUCUCCUGCCAGCUGUGUGUGCUGGCUGGCUGGAGAUGGACGUGCAGGUUAACAGAGCUGCAGUGAGGUCUGUAUGGAUCAGUGGGAACUCUCAGCAACACAACUCAUUUCUACAAAGGGCUGUAGGCCCAGCCUCAAACCACUGUGUCAGUAAAACUCCUUAAAACAAACCCUGUAUUUGUUGUCUCAGCUAAAAAUGCUUCGUGUAAUUUACACUUGUGACAUUUUUGUAUCAAAAGCAUUUUUAUAUAAUAAAGGUUCUAUUUUAAGGAA